GUACUUCUACAAGUUAGCCAUACGUUACAACGCACAAUUGGAUUUCAAUAAGCGCUGUAUCUAACAUUACAACAAUACUUGUAUAAAUCUCGGACAAAAUCUUCAUUGAUGAAGUUUUAUAUGAAUGAACUGAUUUCAGAGGCUAUAUUCCAUUAAACGUCAAUAAAUCAUAUUUGAUAUUUAGUCAUAAACACAGAAAAACAUAUUUGAAUUUCCAGUGGAAUUAAUUCUUUAUUGCUGAUAUGAAAAUUUAGUUGUGUUUAAGUCGUGUAUAAAUCAAGUUUAUGCAAGAAGGCUUGCUGGUAAUAUAGUGAUGUUUAUCAGGCGAUCUAUUGGUGGUAAAGAAGAAAUUGAAGUUUUUGACGUCAAAGUUAACUAGCAUGUCAAUCUUCAUCCACUGUAGCAGUUAUCUGUGUUUAUAACAGAGAAAAUGUCAUAAUUCCUCAGGUGUGCAAAAAUUGGCGUUAAUUCAUUUUCAGGUAAAUUAACAGGAAAUGGGAUGGAUGGUAUGACAGAUGCACUAACCUAAAUCUCAAUUAUUUGACACAGAAUUUGAAUAAUUUGAAUUCAACAAGGCGGUCAUUUGUGAAAGUUUCAUUCGUGAAUUAGUGAUAAAUACAAUGUAGAAUCGAACACGAAAGAAAUAUUUAGAAGUUAAUUAUUUGUCUGCAUAAGCUUGAAUGAUAUGGCUCGACCAGAUUUACUUUCGUGCAUAAAUCUCUUUAAAAACGGAAGUAUUUCAUCGGGUGGUCUCAACUGUUCCCACUAUAGACAUAAUGGAUUUAAGGAAAUUCUUAAAUUUCUCCUGAAAAAUACUUCGGGUACUAGAAAACCAAAAGAUGAAGAUGUAUGGCAAUAUCUGGAAGAUAAAAUGUUUCCAAGUCGAGAUGAUUUGUCCAUAGUUAUACCUAUUACAAUUAUAUACACUAUCAUAUUUCUAACAGGCCUUUUAGGCAACGUGUUCACAUGUAUUGUCAUAGCUAGAAACAAAUUCAUGCACACAGCAACAAAUUAUUAUUUAUUCAAUCUUGCUGUCGCAGACCUAUUACUAUUAUGUGCUGGACUACCAUCAGAACUGUAUACAAUAUGGAACUUGUAUCCGUGGGUAUUUGGUGAAACUGUUUGCAUUUUGCGAGCUCUAUUUGGAGAACUAUCAACUUAUACUUCAAUACUGACAAUUUCUGCCUUCACGGUUGAACGUUAUGUUGCUAUCUGUCACCCAAUGAAAGCUCAGAAAAUGUCUAGUUUACACCGCGCUGUGCGAGUCAUUUUCAGCACAUGGAUCAUAGCAUCAAUAUUAUCUAUUCCCCAGACUAUUCAGUAUGGAGUUGUAUACAUUCAGGACGACAACAACAAGACUAUAAAAGAAUCAGCGAUGUGUACUAACAAAAAGACGAUCAAAGAAACCUUUCUUGUUUCAUCUGUAAUAUUUUUCUUAUUUCCAAUGACUUUCAUCAGUAUAUUAUAUACUUUGAUUGCUUUAGCUAUUCGGAGGUCAUCUAUGCGUCGAUCAUCAGCAGAUUCAUCAAGUAGAGAACAUGUUAGGGGAAUUGAUCUUCACGUCAAACAACAAUCAAGGGCCAGAAAAUCUGUUAUAAAGAUGUUAGUGGCAGUGGUUGUCGGAUUUUUUGUCUGCUGGGCACCUUUUCAUGUAGAGCGUUUGGUGACAUCAAACAUAGAAUCGUGGUCGCCAUUUUUAUUACGAGUCUAUCGGAUACUCUUUUAUUCAUCCGGGGUCUGCUACUUCUGUAGUUGUACAAUUAAUCCAAUACUAUAUAGUAUUAUGUCGUUAAAAUUCAGACAAGCCUUAAAACAGACGUUUGCAAAAUCAUGUUGUCAGAAGAUUCCAAGACAAAGCCGAAAGACACGACGAUUUUCGUACAAAUUUGUACAUAAAAAUGGACAAACAGAAACUAGUUAUACAACCGUUGGUCCUCUGGGAAUUAUCGGAAGUUGUAAGAAGAAAUCAAUGCAAAAAAUUGUAAAAGACAAGGUUGCAGAAGAAAGGAAACUUCAACGCACGAAAAAGGCUAGCCCUUCUCCGUCAAUUAGCGGAAGUAGUUUAAAAUCUACGGAUGAAAUGUGUCAAGAAGAAGAAAUAGAAAAAGUUUUAUUUCAAAUUAAGUGCUAUGACAGCAACCGUAACACAUCUCAGUUAGUUGUAGGUGUUUGUUAGGUAUUGACAGAGGGUAAAUAAAGAUGUUAUGUAGGUGUGUAACGGUGCGGUAUUAACAGGAGUAAAUAGGGAUUUAUAUUUGACAUUUCGUUCUUAUUCACUCGUUUGAAUUAUAAAAAGACUUAAUUAGGAAUCAACAAAGAACUCCAAAGAUUUCCUGGACAAUUAUGUGGAGGCUUUCUGAAUUAAAGUAAUCCGUUUUUUUUAAUAAAAAGCUUAUUAUCUCUUCUAAUGAAA